AUGGCGUGGCCUCUAUCACGAGCUUGGGUCGACGCAGCAACUGUCCUUGGUCGCCUGCCGCAUAUGCCGCAGUUCCAGUACAACACAAGGAUAGCCGGACGCCGGAUGCCCACUAGUUUACCUCUUAGCCAGCGACGAGGCUUGCUGGGCCAAGCUCAGCGUCGACGAGCUACUACUGCAGCUGCUUCGCCGAUCGACCAUUCUCUGAUCGACCACCACUACGAUGCCAUUGUCGUAGGAGCUGGAGGCGCAGGCCUCCGUGCAGCAGUCGGUCUCGCCGAGUCCGGUCUGGAAACUGCCUGUAUUACGAAGCUCUUCCCAACCCGCUCUCACACCGUCGCCGCGCAAGGCGGUAUCAACGCUGCCCUGGGUAACAUGACAAAGGAUGACUGGCGCUGGCACAUGUACGAUACAGUGAAAGGGUCAGACUGGUUAGGCGAUCAAGAUGCGAUACACUACAUGUGCAGGGAGGCAGCUAAUACAGUCUAUGAGCUAGAGAAUUAUGGGAUGCCAUUUUCGAGGACGGAGGAUGGCAGGAUAUACCAGCGUGCAUUGGGCGGGCAGAGUCUGGAGUAUGGGAAGGGAGGGCAGGCUUAUAGAUGCUGUGCCGCGGCUGACCGCACCGGUCACGCAAUGUUGCAUACGCUGUAUGGGCAGAGUGUUAAGUGCGGACAUGACUGCUCUCGUGCUGACGAUGUCAAGCACAAUACAAACUUCUUCAUCGAGUUCUUCUGCUUAGACCUUCUCAUGGUGGACGGAGCGUGCGUUGGCGUGCUGUGCAUGUCAAUGGAAGACGGCAAAUUGCAUAGAAUCUUUGCGCGCAAUACAGUGCUGGCCACGGGCGGUUAUGGACGAGCGUACUUCUCGUGCACUUCGGCACAUACGUCCACCGGAGAUGGCAACGCAAUGGUCGCUCGAGCCGGUCUUCCAAACCAAGACUUCGAGUUUGUCCAAUUCCACCCAUCCGGUAUCUACGGAGCUGGCGUACUUAUCACAGAAGGUGCGAGAGGCGAAGGUGGGUACCUACUGAACUCGCAAGGCGAGCGUUUCAUGGAACGAUACGCGCCCACGGCAAAGGAUCUGGCUUCGCGAGACGUCGUGGCGCGGAGCAUGAACAUCGAGAUCCGCGACGGCCGUGGAUGCGGACCGGACAAGGACCACAUCUACCUCCAGCUGAGCCACUUGCCGAAAGAGCUGAUAUAUGAACGCUUACCUGGCAUUGCGGAAACGGCAUCAGUGUUUGCGGGUAUUGAUAUCACGAAGGAGCCGAUUCCGGUGCUUCCGACUGUGCAUUACUGCAUGGGUGGUGUGCCGACGAACUUUAAAGGACAAGUAUUGAAUGUCGAUCCUGUCACUGGUAGUGAGAAGACGGUCAAGGGACUAUACGCUGCGGGAGAGGUGGCGUCUGUGAGUGUGCAUGGUGCGAACCGGCUGGGUGCCAACAGCUUGCUGGAUAUUGUGGUGUUCGGCCGGGCGUGCGCAAUGGAUAUCGCGGCCAACAACGAGCGAGGUAUGGACCACAAAGCGGCCCCACAGAAUAUUGGGUACGACAGCCUGGCAGAGAUGGAAGCGAUCCGCAAAUCAGACGGCGAUACAUCAGGCGCCCAGUUACGGACGGACAUGCAGAAAGUGAUGCAAGCCGACAUCGCCGUAUUCCGUACCAAAGACAGCUUAGAAGUAGGCAACAAGCGCCUGGCACAGAUCCAACACGACUUUAAGAACCGGAUAGCGGUGAAGGAUAAAAGCUUGAUCUGGAACUCCGACCUCAUAGAGACGCUGGAGCUGCGAAACCUCCUCACUUGUGCGGCGCAGACGGCGAAGAGUGCGGUGGCGCGGAAAGAGAGUCGGGGCAGUCAUGCGAGAGAAGACUUUCCGGACCGGCUCGACGGCGAGUGGAUGAAGCAUAGCUUGACGUGGCAGCGUGGAGAAGGGGAUGAUGUUACGGUUGGGUAUAGGAAGGUGACGGGUUCGACACUUGAUGAAGAGGAGUGUAAGGCAGUGCCGCCGGUUAUGAGAAGCUACUGA